AUGUCUUCUCGCUCUGGAACUACUCUGUAUGUUACCGGGUUUGGCCAUGGCACCCGUGCUCGCGAUCUUGCCUACGAAUUCGAACGUUAUGGGCGUCUUGUUCGCUGUGAUAUCCCUGCCCCGCGCACUCCCUCCAGCCGACUCUUCGCCUUUGUUGAAUACGAGAGUCGCCGCGAUGCCGAUGAUGCUUACCAUGAGAUGCACAACAAGCGUAUCGGCCGCGAUGAUUUGCUGAAGAUUGAGUGGGCACGCACUCCUCCCUCUGCUUCCUGGCGCUUUGACUCUGGCUCUGGCCGUGACGCUCCCCGUGAUGCUCCCCGUGACGCUGGUCGCGAUGCUGGCCGUGAUGCUGGCCGUGAUCGUCGCCGUGAUCGCACUCCUCCUCGCCGUGGUCGUUCCCCAUCCCCUCGUCGCAGCCGUGGUGGCGACUAUUCCCCCCGCCGAGACGAUCGGUACGAACGAGACGCCGACCGCACCGACCGCGACUACGACCGCCGCGACCGUGAUUCUGACCGCCGUGACCGUGACCACGAUCGACGUGACCGUGACCGUUCUCGUGACCGCUCUCGUAGCCCCGAUGAACGUGAACGUGAUGGCAAGGAUGACCGGGAAAGACGUGAUGAUGAUCGGGAGCGUCGUGAGGAGGACCGUGAGAACGGCCCCAACGGUGAGGACAGGAAAGGUCAGUUGCCUCCCCAACCUAGAAAAUGUUCUUUUCACUCACAUACAGUAGUACCCCUGGACCCAAUGCCCUCUGCCCAUGAUGAGCUUGAUACUGCUGAGUAG